AUGAAAAUAACUAAACAUCUACAAAACACUGGAGCAGUUCCCACAAAUCCUGGUACACAAGCAAAUAUACCUGAAAAUAAAAUUGAAAUUGUUGAAGCAGCGUCAUCAGACGACGGAGAACAAACAAAUAACCCUGGAACAAGUUAUGUUAUAAGUGGAGACGAAUUUUCCGACUUUGGGAGUGAUGAUUCUAUCACAGAUAAAGACUAUUAUCCAUCUUCAUCAAAUUCUGAUGAAAAUCCACAUAAUCUGUUUGAUGAUACAAUCGAAGGUAUAUAUUUCUAA